CGACGGCCGUGACGGAACUUGAAGACGAAGGAGCGGCGACGAGGAACAAGGAAAGGAACUUGCUAGCCGGCUAACUAGCAAUUUUCUGGCGUUAGCAUUUUGAUAAUGGCGCCUUUAGACCUCGACAAGUACGUUGAAAUAGCAAGACACUGCAAAUACCUGCCGGAAAAUGAUCUAAAGAGACUAUGUGAUUAUGUUUGUGAUUUACUCCUGGAAGAAUCAAAUGUUCAGCCGGUCUCAACUCCAGUAACUGUUUGUGGAGAUAUUCAUGGUCAGUUUUAUGAUCUUUGCGAGCUCUUCAGAACUGGAGGUCAAGUUCCAGACACAAAUUACAUUUUCAUGGGAGACUUUGUAGACAGAGGAUAUUAUAGCUUGGAGACAUUUACACACCUGCUUGCUUUAAAAGCAAAGUGGCCAGAUCGUAUCACACUUCUACGUGGAAACCAUGAAAGCAGACAAAUAACACAAGUGUACGGCUUUUAUGAUGAGUGCCAAACAAAAUAUGGAAAUGCAAAUGCCUGGCGGUAUUGCACAAAAGUCUUUGACAUGCUGACUGUGGCCGCUUUGAUAGAUGAGCAGGUCCUGUGUGUCCAUGGUGGGCUUUCACCUGACAUCAAGACUUUGGACCAGAUCCGCACCAUCGAACGCAACCAAGAGAUUCCACACAAGGGGGCCUUCUGUGAUCUUGUGUGGUCUGAUCCAGAGGAUGUGGACACCUGGGCUAUUAGUCCACGAGGUGCAGGCUGGCUGUUUGGCUCCAAGGUUACUAAUGAGUUUGUUCACAUCAACAACCUGAAGCUCAUCUGCCGUGCACAUCAGCUAGUUCAUGAAGGCUACAAGUUCAUGUUUGAUGAGAAGCUGGUGACCGUGUGGUCGGCGCCCAACUACUGCUACCGCUGUGGAAACAUUGCAUCCAUCAUGGUCUUCAAGGACGUCAACAGACGAGAGCCCAAGCUGUUCCGUGCCGUCCCUGACUCUGAGCGUGUCAUACCUCCCCGAACAACCACCCCUUACUUCCUAUAAAGACAAGAGCCAGUUCUGUCUCCUCCCCACUCUCUGGAGAUCUCAACUCUCAAACGUAUUUAUAUGCAACCUAUUUUAAGAUAUUCAUGGGAGUUGCAUCCCUUUCAGGUCGACAGUAUGUUGAGAAGCAAAAGGUUUCUUCCAAAGCUAGUCUGUUUGCACCGUACUCACUUUGUUAGGAAAGACACAUCUUCUAUCCCAAAUGAAAAACUGAUACUUUGAAAUGUCCUCAAUUUAUUGAUAAGAACGUGUAAAAUGGCUUAAUUUUGAUGUUAUAUAUCCCACCAAAGCAAAUAAGCUGCCAAUAAUACAAAUUCAAAUAAAGUGAUUUACAGACAGGUGACAAAUUAAAGGGAAGGCUUAAAUAAAUGAGAUGAGAAAUGUAACAAAUGGUGAUGCGGUCAUGCUGUUGGGGCAUUUUGCUGAUAUGGUUUGGGUCCACGCGUCCCCUCAGAGGGAACGGUUACUGCAAAUCAACACAAAGUUGUUUCUGAGUGAUCACCUUUAUGCUGUGGUGAAACAUUUCUAUCCUGAUGAAUGAAAAUGAUAGGAAUCAUAUGCUUUGACUUUCCCAUUGAAAACAUCUCAAUUAAAUUGAAUACCUAUGGGAGAUUUUGAAUCGAUGUGCUCACCACCACCACCAUCAAAAUGCCAAAUGAGGGAAUUUCUUUGACACUCGUUGAUUUUUCCUUUUCCUUCUCACCCAUCUAUAUUUGUCUUUAAGCAGUUUUGAUCUCAUUAGUUGCCUUUUUAAGACUACUUUUCUAAUUUCUGGAAUUAAGAAAUAAACUGUUGUUACUGCUUCUGUUUUAACACCUCAGACCCACUGUGUAAACAGCUGCUGAGCCCAUCCUCUGCCUUAAUUGGGGGGUUUUCAUUUUAAGCCUAAUUCUUAGACUUUCUUCUUAAUUUAUUGUUUUUAAAGUGUCCUGUUCUACAGACAGUAUGUAUUCUUAUGACAAAUAUCCACAAGUGUCUGUCUUGAAAUGGCAAUUACUUUUGCAUUUUCUCAUCACUAUGUGUAUGUGACUACUUUGGUAGUGUGAAGAAUUGUUGCUGCAACAGUGGCUUUUAUAAGCAAUAUCAUUUAAAUUUGAAUCUCAAUGUUCCAGUCCAAGUGCAUUUUCCUGAAUAGCUCAGCUCCAUAGUUGUUUUUGUAGCAGCGAAUGGUUUUAUUUGACGUUCCCCUGUUUUGUAAUUUCAAUAAAACAUGAUUCAUUAAAGUCU